GCUCACCCCUAUACCUGUAUAGGUGUGGAAACAUGGAUCAGCCUUAUACUUAUACCAGCACGGAUCACGUAUACACCGCGUAUAUCUUUGAUAUCUGCGUUCGCUUGCUGUGGCGCGAGCGUUUGUGUGUCAGCAGUAGAACGUGGCCUCUUGGUGCGUGUGCCCUCCUCUCCACGAGGAGGGUUGCUAGGUGGUAGGAGGUGGAGUAGCCGCGAACGCACAGUCGCUUCUCGACGGUUGGACGGUGAACGUGGCCGGAUCGUCCAGCACGUGACGGCUAUCCUACUCGGCCGUGAGCGUCUACGCGGCUGCAACCAUCGAAACUUUUUUUUUUUUUUCCCCCCCACGUUUCACCCCGGAUAUUCGUGUGUUGUUCCAGUGGGAAGGAAACAUUUUAGGGGUGGCUACGUUCCUUAUAAUUCACCGAUGGAUGAAUACGAAUUGCGCAAGUAAGAGAACGAUAAUAAUCAAGAUGAUGAGGGCGAAGUAUUUUUUUGGGAUCCACCGUCCGCGAAAAAUCGAAAUUCGAAAAAUCAGAACCACGUACGACAGUUGCAAGAACAAUUGGUACAAGCCACCAUGAAGAUACGAGAUUUAGAAGCCGAAGUUAAACGCAUUCAAAAGGUUAACAAUUCCUCCUUGAAAGAUGAAUUAACUGAUGGACACCAGAAAGCAGAAUUCUUGAGAGCGAAGCAGGAUAUGGUGAAUCGUAUAAUACAAAUGGAAGAAAAGAGUCGGGAAGCUGAGAGGAAUACGAAACGCAUGCAAUCGGAUGAAACGGCGUUGAUCAACGAUUUCCGCACGGUGCUGUCCAAAUUGAACUCUCUCGAGAAGCUGGAUUUAGUUCGAGGCGCGCUAAAAGCGCUGGAAACCGAAAACGAGAAAUACAGCGAGGCUAAUAAACAAGAGAAAUCCGACUUCGACGAAAAGUUUAAGAGACCGAGCACUGUCACCCACGAAUCCGUUCCGUUGAAGCCUAAUUUCAGCGUGAACUCGGAGAAUCACGUGAGACACGAUGGAUUUAUCGAGGCCUCGAGCAACAGGGAAAUGGAAUUAUACAAGAAAAUCGAGGAGCUUCAAGAAGAGAAUAAAAGAUUGUUCACAAGUGUCGAGGAACUCGAUCAGCAACACGAGGAAUCGAUAGAGAAACUGUUAUCUCUCAAGGAGGAGGUUGAAAAGAAACAUCAGUGCCUUCAAAACGCUUACGAACAGCUUUACGUAGACUACAAUCAGGCUCAAGAUAAGGUCGUCCAAUUGGAAGGUAAACUUAAGGAAUCGAGCACGUUGAUACGAACAGAAACUGUUCCAUGUUUCGUGCAAACUAAUAGUUUAGAAUAUGUAGAUAAAUGUAUCCAGACAAGUGAUCAUCCAGAAAUGGAGGAGAGUGCGGAAACGAUCGAGGUGCGGGACAAGAGAAUUGACUUGAAUGAAUUGACCAAGAGGGUGAAGGAUAUUUUGAAGAGUUCUUUCGUUGAGAUUGAACCAGACGAGUCGAUUUUCGAGACCCUGGCGAAAGAGUACAUAGACGUGAAAUGGAAGAAAGAUGUGGUUGAGAAAUGGGUAUCAGAGUUGAACAGAGAGUUGAAAGGAGUCGUGGAAAUGAAGGAUGACCUGCAAAUGGAGUGCAACAUUAAACAGACUCACAUCGACACGCUGUUGCAGGAGAUCGAAGAUUUAAAAUUAAAUUUACCGCCCAUACCUGAGGCGAAUGAGGAACGAGUCGUCUCAUUGGAAUUGGAAAUCGAAUCGUUGAACGAGGAAGUGAAACAUCUUCAAGCGGAGAACUCCGUGCUGCGUAAGAAGAACUCGUUGCGAAAGAAGAACGCUGUUAUACGCGGUGUCGGCCCGAACGAAACCCGAUUAAAGGCUCAAGGUAGCGCGACGACCACGUCUCAAACUAGGAAACAAGGAAAAUUGGAAAAUAUCCCGGAGGAUAUCGAAGACACGUUCAACACGAUGGAAAGCCUGAAUCGAAAGUUGCACGUGACGUUGGACGAGAACGACGAGUUACGAAGAAAGGUAGAUCUGUUGGAGGGCACGGAGAAGGAGAUGCAGGAGCAAUUGAGGAUGUCGUUGGAGAAGUGCAAAGAUUUGGACGAAAAUAUCGAAUUCAUCGAGGAGUUGAAACACGAUCUUGAGAAUACGAGGCGAGAAUUAAAAACGUCCACGUCUAACACGAGGCAAUUAGAAAAUACGUUGGCGCAAAUUCGAGGCACGAAGGAUGAGAUUCAAAAGGAAAACGAGGAAUUAUCUCGAAGGAAUGAACAAUUAGAAAUGGAGAUCUCGCAGUGGCGUGAAAGCAAUUCAGAGACGGGGAGUAACGACACGUUGAGAGAUCUUCAGGAGCAAUUGAACAAAACUAAUCGCGAGAAAGAUGAUUUGGAGUAUGAUAUAUUAAACAUGAGGAAAGAAUUGGACGAGGCGUUCAAUAGGAUAGACGCGAAAGAGGAUUGCAUAGCGAGAUUGAACCAAGAAAAUGAAAGUUUAACGAAAGAGAAGAAUUCCCUGUUGGAACAGUUGACUGCCAUUCAAGACGAUUCCAACGAUAAGAUAGAUUUGGUGAGCACGGAAAAGUCUCUGUUGGAACAGGAAAUGUCGGAAUUGAGAGAACGGGUAACGAGUAAGGAGAAGAUGUUGAGUGAAAUUAGAGAAGAAUUACGAGAGGCGGAAGAAAGGUAUGCGAAAUUAGAGAGUGAUUAUUUUUCAAUGAAUAAAGUGGCGGAAAAAUUUCAAUUGGAAAACGAAAAUUUGCAAAAUGAAAUAAAAAAACACGAGGAAUUAAAGAACGAAUUUGAGAUUAACCAGUUGACUGAAAAAUUAAGUUCCAUGCAAAAUGAUCAUGCUCAAUUGAUGAACGAAGUGGAGACUUUACGUUUGAGGGAGAGGGAAUUGGCAAAGUUACAAGAAAAUUUUGCAACUGUCGCGGAAGAGAAUAAAACUUUAAAGAGCGAAUACGAAGUAAUUCGGGAUAAUUAUAAGAAAUUGGAAUACGACGUAGCAUGUCUACAAGAGGAGAAAAAGGAAUUAUUGAAUCGUAUAAAUGAAAAUGCCUAUGACAACGAGCAAAUUGCAGCGUGUUUAGAGGAAGAGAAACGACAAAACGAUGUUCUAAAAAACGAAAAUGGUAAAUUAAUCGCGGAGAUUACGGAUAUACGAAAGAAAAUGCAAGACAAUAUCGAGGGUUAUAAGGAAUCGAUUGAUAUGGGUAAACAAACGAUAGAAAGUCUGUCUCACCUUAUUAAAGAAAAAGACGAAGAAAUCAAUGGCCUUAAAAACGCACUUCAUCUUGCUAAAAAUAAUGAAGAAACGUCGGAUCAUUUUUCGACUAUAAAGAACGAAAGGGACGAACUCGUGAAACUUGUAACCGUCAAACACAAUGAAAGUCUGCAAUAUCAUGGGGAAAUCCAAAGAUUAACGCAACUCUUGAACGAGCAAACAUCGCAGAUUCAGAGUUUAUUAGCAGAGAAAGAUAUACAUUUAUCUGAUCUGAAGGAGAAAGAUGCUCAACUUUUGUGGACGAAUAACGAGUUGCAAGCAGUCCAACAGCGUUUGAGAAACGCUGAAGACUCGAGCAACGGGGCAACUUGUGGGAUUGUCGAGCAUUCGACUCAAACAUCGGAAAUUGAGAUUCUCACUGAGAAGUGUAACGCGUUAGAAGCAGCUCUGAUUCAAGAACAAUCGAACAACAGAAUGUUGCAGAAUCAACUUGGCGAAAGUCAGAGCAAAGAAGCGAACGCCGCGAAAGAAUUAGAAAGGCUAAGAUCGCAUUUGGUUGAAAUGGAAUCGAAUUACACGGAAGAUGCUCUGCUUGCUGAAGAAGGGCGAAAAGAAUUGGAAGCGAAACUACAGCAGGCUGAGGAAAAGUUGAAGACCAGUUCGAAUGCGUAUACUUCUGCUAAUAUAAGAGCAAAUCAACAAGUGGAAACAUUGCAGCAACAAAUGGUAUUGAUUGUUCAACAAAGGGAUGAUAUACAAAAUAAAUUAUCCGUUGCUGAGGACAAGAUCCUAUCCCAAACUGCGUCUUUGACUAAUUUACAAAUUGUCCUAGAACAAUUCCAACGAGAUAAAGAAAAAGAUAUCAUAGCGGCAACAGAAAGAAUUCAAUCUAAAUUAAACGAAUCUUAUAAAAAAAGGGAAGAGUUAACCAAUGAUGUUACAAAUCUUAAGGAACAAUUAGCUGAAGCUAAAGAAUGUUUACAAGCGGCAUCCAGAUUAAGUGAGCAACUUGAUAAAAAAACAGAACGUAUCGAACAACUAAGCCAAGAAGUGGACCGAUUAACGAAUCUCGUAAACACUGCAGAUGAAAGAAUAGAAGAAGCAAAACAAAGUGGAGAGGGAAAAGUUGAUAAAACUCUCAUUAAAAAUCUUUUAUUGGGUUACUUGUCUUCAUCAGCAGCAGAUAAAUCUUCGGUCCUUAGAGUAUUUUCCACAGUUUUAGAUUUCAACGAAACGGAAAAGGAUAAAGCAGGAUUGAAUAACACAAUCGGACAAAAUAGUUGGUUUUCUCGUUUAAAUAGCGGAUCUACAGUUCCUAAUAAAAAUCAAGAAGCAUCCUUGUCAGCAGCAUUCAUUAGGUUUCUAGAGAACGAAUCGAAACCUAAACCACAGUUACCCGCAUUACCAAUUCAAACACCGCCAUUACCACGACCUGGUCAUAGUAGACAACACUCAACUUCAUCUACGCAAUCUACUUCAUUACUUUCCAAUGUAAAUUUACCAACAUUCCCAGAUUUUAUUCCAGCCAGAAAUACAGGAUCUAUUUUGAAAGAAGUAUUGAAAGACAGCUGAUAUUAACAAUUUCGAUAUAUUUUAUGUUUUGUAAAUUUUAAGAUUAUAGCGAAAAAAAUGUUUAAAUAAGAUAUGUUUAUUGAAUUUUCACUCAAUAAGAGUAUACAAAAAAAAAAAAAAUAAUUAUGAGA